AUGCAUAGUUUUUUCGCCAAAAAAUCAACAGCCGCAGGAGAUGGAGCUGAGAAGAAAGUUGUGAAAAAAUCCAACUUUGAAGAAAGGAAACCAUGGGUUGAGAAAUAUCGUCCUAACAAGGUUGAUGAAGUGGUUUCCCAAAAUGAAAUCGUAGCUGUCUUGAAGAAAGUCUUGGAAGGGGCUGAUUUACCAAAUAUUCUGUUCUAUGGACCCCCAGGAACUGGAAAAACCUCAGCAGCUUUAGCACUAUGCAAACAGAUGUUCAAGACCCAGGAAGUAAUGAAGGAUAGAGUUCUUGAAAUGAAUGCUUCUGAUGAACGUGGUAUUGCUGUUGUCAGAACCAAGAUCAAAGAGUUUGCGCAAAGAGCUGUGGCACCUACUAGUCUUUCAGGACAAUGUGCUUCUAUCAAAAUUAUAAUUCUUGACGAGGCUGAUGCUAUGACCCAUGCUGCUCAAGCUGCUAUGAGGAGGAUUAUUGAAACGUACAGUAGCACUACCAGAUUUUUCCUCAUUUGCAAUUACAUUUCUCGUAUAAUUGCUCCUCUAACUUCGCGUUGUGCCAAAUUCCGCUUCAAACCUUUGCCGGUGGACGACCAAUUGACAAGAUUGAAAUUCAUUUGUCAAAAUGAAAAUGUGACUGCCGACGAUAAUGCUUUGACAACUCUCAUAAACUUAUGUGAGGGUGACUUGCGAAAGUCUGUUGGCUAUCUACAAGCUCUCGCUUCUACUCAGCAAACUAUUGAUGGCGAAUUUCUGCGCCAAGUAACAGGUAGUAUUGCUGAUGAUAUGCUUGACAGAACUCUGAAAAAUCUCUCUACUGCCUCUAAGCCUACAGUUUACACGAUGACUGAAAAUAUAAUGAGAGAGGGAUACUCUGCCAAACAGUUUAUGCAUCAACUGCUCAAUCGUUUAAUUGACCACGAGUAUCUCACAGAUAUGCAGAAAGCUGAAAUUUUCGAGAAGAUGUCUGUUUGCGAAAUGCGAUUAAUCAAUGGUGCGAAUGAGUUCCUGCAGCUAUUGGACUUAUUCUUCUGUGUUCAAACUCAAUUUGUUAACCCAAAGUCAAUGGGUCGGGUUUAA